AUGUCCUCCACCGUAAAGAGCAUCAAAAUCACCUAUAAUCCUAUCAAUGAGAAAAAUACGUUCACGAGUGGCGACUGGGUCACCGGCCAAGUAACGCUGGAGGUGACCAAAGAUUGCCAGAUAGACUCUCUGUUGGUCCAGUUCAAAGGGAAAGCUGAAGUCUUGUGGACGGAGAGACACGGUAAAGUUACUGUGGUGUACCACUCGAAGGACAAGUACUUCAGCCUCAAACAUUACUACGUUCGAGACAAAGAUGUCAGAGGUAAGUCGACGAAUCUUCUGCUUCUGUUCUUUUGGGAACCGAUUCACACUCUCUCAAGUUGUAGUCGCCUCCUCAUGUUUGGAGCUGUUGUUUGUUUUCGACAGCGAGGAGCAAAAAUCGACCAAACCGAGUCCAGAUUCGGACAUUCCUUUGCAGGUCACUGGGUUCAAGUUGAUCCUCAGUGUAUUCACGGAGAAACUUCGUAAAAGUGCGUCAACACAUUAUUGGACAGAGGAAUAGUAAAUGUAUUAUCUUGCAGGGGCGUACUUAAGCUGUUUUUGGUCAAAAUGAAAAGGGCACCACUUUGCAAGCGCCUCAUGUUGUAUUCUGUGGGCAACAGGUCUUGUUUGGGCAAGAAUGGGCUUGUAAAAAUUGUAGGAAGACAACGUAGGCGGUAGAAAACCUGAAGUGGAGAACAAAGAUAGACACACAAGCAUUUCAACUUGGUAAUAAUAAAUAAAAAGUAUGUAAGUAUAGUGAAGAGGAGUCAAGGGUUUUUCCCAGGACAGUAUAUUUAAAGGCGUAAAUGAAUUUAGGGUCAAACACACCGUAAUACCGAGUUAGACACCCCCUCGAGAGAUGACUGUUGCCAAACGUUUGCUAUUCUAGUUAUACCAGCUUUUGUAACAACAGCAAGAUAGCAAUACACAACGGCCUGAGGAGCCAUAAACAAACCUCAACCAAAAUGCCACUCUAUAGCCACAAAUAAUGCUCAGAACAGCACCUAACUUCAUCAACAGUACAUAUAAGGUCCUAGCCAUAGCACUAGCCACCAAACAUCUUUUUAACUUUGCCUUAUUUCUUUAGCAAAGAGACUAAACACAACUUACCCAGUCUCCUCCAGCAGCCGAAACCCCCAUUACUGAUGAUCAACCCCAUCGAUCAUUUGCGCUGCAGACGCGGUAGUUCUUCUGCCUUAGCGUCUCAGUCUGAUUUUAUUUCCAUGAAGAAAUGAUCAUAAAUGUUCUUCCUUGAGCUGCGUCCCCCUGCAGCAGUCCAUAAUGGACUGGCUCGAGGUCUCGCUACAAACAAGCAGCUGCUGGUAGAGAGUGGUUGAGUUGUGUUUAGUCUCUUUGCUAAAGAAAUCAGGCAAAGUUAAAAAGAUGUUUGGUGGCUAGUGCUGUGACUGAGACCCUGUAUGUACUGUUGAUGAAGUUAGGUGCUGUUCUGAGCAUUAUUUAUGACUAUAGAGUGGCGUUUCUGUUGAGGUUUGUUUAUGGCUCCUUAGACCGCUGUGUAUCGCAAUCCUGCGGUCGUUACAAAAGCUGGUAUAACUAGAUAAGCAAGCGGUCGGCAACAUUCAUCUCUCGAGGGGUGUCUAACUUGGUGUUACAGUGUGUUUGACCCUCAAUUAAUUUUAUGCCAGAAUAUCCCUUAAACACGUAAAACCAGUGUACAUUUGGGCUAAUUAUCAUACAACAGUUUAUGAUGAAAAUUUUAUAAUGUAGAGAGAACACUCUUGUUUAAUUUUUUGAUUAAACAACAAUGAAAUAAACUUCCUGCAUGAAGCUUACGUUGAGAUUUUAUCAUAUUUUUCACAAAGUUGUUUUAAAACCCAGUAGUUUUAUGUUGAUCAAGUAGCAGAAUUUACAAUCUGUGCAUGACAGCCAAACAGCGAAGUUACUAAUAGGGUACCAGAGCUGCCAAGCGUCACGCUUCGAGUGUGACAGUCACAUAAUUUGACCCAUUCUCACACCACACGCCACACUUGUCAUUUCUCACGCUUAUAUUUCCCCAUUCAAUACUCUAUUUAUUUUUUUCAUGAUAAAACAUGGCUUGCUCUAGUUAGAGUAACUCUGAUCCCAGACCAAUCCAUCAGUCCUAUGUGCCUAAAUCUAACCAACCACGGAAGGCACCACGCAAUAUAAACCAAUCAAAGGGAACACAAGGCGGGUCUUGGCGUCUCGAACUAUCUUUCACACACAACAGCGCCAACGUUUUAAACCCCUCGACUUUCCAAUUUUGAUCAUACAAAAUAAUUGCCAGUGGGUUCACUUUUUAAAUUGUUUUACUAGUUUGUUGUCAACGUAGGACAAAUAUUGCUAUUUUAAGGUACAAAUCAACGUUAAAAAAGGCCAAUUUUUUUUCGCAACUGACCACAGGUCGGUGCAUCAUAACGCUUAAGUCUCACUCUUGUCAUUUUCUGAAACUUUGCAGUCCUGGGGUACCAUAUCAAAUUUUAUUUAAAAAAUAUACAUAUUUCUAAUGAAAAACAUGUGCAACUGUUUUGAUUUGUAUUUUACUGGUUUAGCAAACAACUGCACAAAUAAUACAGAUCAUUUGAGCAGUAAAAUACACCAUUGUUAAUGACACAGACAACCUUGUUUUGUGAGGUCUGAAAAAUACCAAGUUUUUUCAGUGGGUGUUAAGUUGACACUUUUCAAACAGCCAGUCUUAUAUGUAACGUAAACCUUUAGACAUGACGCUAAAUGUCAGGUCUGUCUUUGUUACCACUGAAUUCCAUUGAUGUUGUCAAGAUUAAAUGAGAUCUGAACUGUUGCCGUGUCCAAUCAGUGAGUGUUAUCUGAUACCAGGGUGUGCCCCUCAGUGACUUCCGCAAAGACUGGUCUUGUUUAUCCUUGGUCAUCACUCCUCCUCUUUCCCUCUCUUUUGAACUUCUUCAAAAUAAGGGCCAAGAGACGUUACGCAACAUGGCGGGUCCAUGACUUCUCUUAAUUAUGUUUAUGUUCCCUUCAGGAGAGGACAAUGAAACCCUCAUUACAAAGCAGAAUGGAGAAACAUGUAAGUGCUGCAUCUUUUGGAACAUUUCAUGUGCAAUGCCACACAGAUAUCUGGUCAUGUUGGUUAACAGUUUUGCUGUUGAUUUAUAUUUGGUUUGUAGACAGCAGUGUUGUUGCUCCAGGAUGCCAUGUAUACCCAUUCUCCUUCCAGAUCCCUUGCCAGUAAGUCAUUUUUGAACAUCUCCACAAUGAGUCAGAGUUAACAGAUCCUUCUUCUCUGUGUAGAUCUUAAUUAAUCAGAUUUGUUGUGUAUUUUGUUCUCAUAUCUCUUUGUCACUCUGCACUUGUGCUUUAGGACCAUGCCUCCCUCCUUCACCGGUUCGGUUGGGAAGAUUUACUACACACUAAAAACCAAGCUGGGCAGAUCAAUGAGAAUUGACCAGAAAGAUAAAGUCACGAUCAACUAUGUGUCAAAUGCAGCCAUGAGCCCUGAGAUCGAUGUAAUGGUAUGUGUGCAGAGUUAUGUUGUCAUUCCUGUUGCUCUUAAAACAAAGCUGAAUGAGGCUUGACAGCUGUCGUUUCUGUUUCGUGGAUGAAGGCUGGCCCCCUUUUUUUUUAGGACCAAUAAAUAUUUGCCUGAGCUAUACACAUGACCUCAAAUGCCUCCAGGACAAGUGUGUAUUAAACACCUUUCUGUUUUCAAAAACUGUACCAACAUGUUUGGGCAGUAAAUGAGAUUGACUCAUUUAGCUCACCAGCUGAAGGUGGACAGUUAAUAUCUUUGCUCUGAUUGUGUCCAAGGCUGUUGCAUUAAUCGGAUUUUCUUUCAGAUGCCGCAGCAUGAGUCCAAGGAUAAGGAAAUGAGUUUUUUCACAUCAGGAUCUGUUGCCAUGGAUGUUAGACUUGAGAAAUCAGGUUUCUACCAAGGUAAGGGCUGUUAAAGUUUUCUUUACAUAUCAAGUGUUGCAUCAAGAGUCAUAUGCAUCUAUCUGUUCACUUUGCAGGAGAAGGAUUGAAAGUUAUAGCCCGCAUUGAGAACAACUCAUCUCGUGAGAUCAAACCCAAGUACUGUGUGUACAGAAAGCACAGUUUCUUUGCACGUGGCCGCAGAAGACUCAGCACCGGAGAUGUCCUGAAAGAAGUGGGACAACCCAUCCCUCCUUCUACAAACGUGAAUGUAUCUCAGAUCAUCACCAUCCCCGAAGAUGCCGAGCCCUCCAUCCUCAACUGUGAUAUCAUCAAAGCAGAGUACAGACUCAGGGUGAGCAUGGCUUCCCUUCUUGGGAGUGUACUGUGCAACACUUAUCCAGGACUUAAUUGUUCAGGAGGAGGCCAAUCUAGAUAUCUUAAUCACACAGUCAUUAAUUAUUCAUCAAAUCGCAUCAGAUACAUUUGUAGUGCAUCUGAAGUAAGAUAGCACUCACUUCUGUCAACCAAGAUGUUUUUAUUUAUCUAGUCACAAAAGUGUACAAAUCUUCAGGCACUUUACACGAGGAACAGGUCUAGACUGUUCUCUUACUAUGUACUGUAAACAGGGAUCCAGUUGAGCAAGGAAUGGUCUUCCUCUGACCCGGUUGAAACUUUAAGCAAAAACAGACCUGUUAUAAGUAAGGGAGACACAUGUUUUUGUGGUUUUUGCCCUUCACCAAAGGAGCUAGCUUCACUUUUGGUAUGUAUGUGACUGUAUUGAAACUCUGGCUCUAUACUGUACCUCAGUAAAUGUUUUUUUUUGCAGGUGUAUCUGGAUGUCAAAUAUGCCUCAGAUCCAGAGAUCAAAUUCCCUAUUGUCAUCAUGCCGGCCGGUCAAGUUUCUGCUAAAGCACCACCACCUGCCGCCUCAGACUUUGGUUUCGAGCCAUUUGGAAACACCAAUCCACCACAAUGGGGCGGCGUACCACCGCAACCACCGACAGCGCCAUAUUCCCUGGACCCUCCACCUCCUUAUGGAGCACAUGCAAUGUACCCCCCUUUGACAGAUUCUGGUAAUUCAUAUCAGUGA